AUAGUUUUUGCUUUUUGAAUGCAUAAAUAGCUAGGCAGCGUAUAGUACCGCAAUUGUAUCCCACAAACACUCCGAUCCGAUCCUUUUUAUAUUUGGGUCAUAAUCCAUAUAUAAUUCAUAUAUAUCGAGAUGCUGGCGGCCUGCAGAAGAGCAGUCGUGCUUCUGUUCCUUACCACUACUCUCGUUCUGGUUCGAUGUGAGGGGGCGCCACCGGAGAAGGGCCUGAGCAGAGACAGCUUUCCGGCGGGCUUUCUCUUCGGCACCGCCACCUCCGCCUACCAAGUUGAAGGAGCCACCGACGUUCAUAACUAUGGUCGCGGACCAAGUAUUUGGGACACCUUCCUUAAAACUCCCGGACUGGAGCCCAACAAUGCCACUGGAGACUUGACUGUGGAUCAGUACCAUCGAUAUAAAGAAGAUAUUGACCUCAUGGCCGAACUGAAUUUUGAGGCCUACCGUUUUUCAAUUUCAUGGACACGGAUAUUCCCAAAUGGAACUGGGAAAAUAAACUGGAAAGGAGUUCGAUACUAUAAUCGGCUGAUCAAUUACAUGCUACAAAAAGGCAUUACUCCAUAUGCAAAUCUAAACCAUUAUGAUCUUCCUCAAGCCCUUCAAGAUAGAUACGGAGGUUGGUUGGACCGCCGAGUCAUAAAGGACUUUGCUGAUUACGCAGAAUUCUGCUUCAAAACAUAUGGAGACAGAGUCAAAAACUGGUUCUCGUUUAACGAGCCGCGGGUUGUGGCGGCUCUAGGGUACGAUAACGGAUUUUUCGCCCCAGGAAGGUGUUCUAAACCUUUUGGGAACUGUACACAUGGUAACUCUGCAACAGAGCCUUACAUUGUUACACACAAUCUUAUUCUCAGUCAUGCGGCAGCGGCUCAGAGGUAUCGCACCAAGUACCAGGCAACACAUGGAGGGAGAUUUGGCAUUCUGUUGGAUUUCGUGUGGUAUGAACCUCUUACAAGAUCAAAGGCCGAUAAUUAUGCUGCUCAAAGAGCUAGAGACUUUCAUAUUGGCUGGGUUUUACAUCCUCUGGUGUAUGGGGAGUACCCAAAAACAAUGCAGAAUAUUGUUGGGAACAGGCUACCUAGGUUUACACCAGAUGAGGUUAAGAUGGUCAAAGGAUCAAUUGAUUAUAUUGGCAUAAACCAGUAUACUACUUACUACAUGUAUGAUCUGCCCCCUACAAACGGGUCACGUAUACCCGGUUACCAGAAUGAUUGGAAUGUCGGAUUUGCUUAUAAUCGGAGUGGAGUGCCAAUUGGUCCGAGGGCGCAUUCUGACUGGCUCUACAUGGUGCCAUGGGGAUUGUACAAAGCUAUCAAUUACGUAAAAGAGCGGUAUGGCAAUCCACUAAUGUUCUUGUCUGAAAAUGGAAUGGACUAUGCUGGCAAUCUGACACUAUCUGAAUCUCUAAAUGACACAAUAAGGAUCGAUUACUACAAUAGCUAUUUGACUCAACUGAAGAGGGCAGUUGAUGAUGGAGCCAACUUGUUUGGCUAUUUUGCAUGGUCAUUGCUUGAUAACUUUGAGUGGAGAUUAGGCUACACAUCGAGAUUUGGCAUUGUCUAUGUUGAUUUCAAAACACUCGAGAGAUACCCUAAGAUGUCAGCCUACUGGUUUCAGAAUUUCCUUAGUAGAAAGAAGCAUUAGCGUGCCCCCAUGCAAUUAUGUAUGCGAAAUCCAAUCUCAAAUAUAUGUACUUCAUCACAUGUGUAUAUUUUAAGGUGUUUCCCCUAGUUGGUCAAUCUUAAACACUAGGAGCUCAUGUGGUAUUAUGCAAUAAAAGUUCUCAUAUGUUGUUUUGAAACACAAGUAAAACACUUCAGGAGGUUGGGAUUCAUGUAGUUGAUCAUCCUUGGUAGUUGC